AUGUCACUAGCAGUGGAAUAUAUCAGCGACAAAACGCCGUGUCAGCGGUGUUCUACGAAGGAUGCUGUGUUGUUGGCGAGGCGGGAAAACUACUGUGGAGACUGUUUUAUUCGUUUUAUAAGAGGAAAACAGCGCCGACUGAUGCAAGAUGAGGCUUACAAGGUGAAGUAUAAAACGGUGGAAAAUCCUCAUCGAGUGCUUUUGGCUCUUUCUGGAGGCUCCUCGUCGCUCGUGUUGCUCGAUGCGGUCGCGUCGUUGCUUCAGGAGCAAGCUGGACAGCAUGGGGGACGACAGGGCUUUGCAUUGACGGUGGUGAAUGUUGACGAAAGAGAGAGGUUGAAGCUCGAUAAGAGUUUUCAAGAUAUAAUAAGCGAAUUAAAAUCGAGAUAUUUGCCUGUGGAUAUCGAUUUUGUCUCGCUAGAUUACGACAUGUAUGUUGAUGGACGACUUCUUCAUCAUAUAAAAGUUGCAUCUGAUUUCUCAUCAUACAGUAUUCCGUUGAAUAAAGGAACCAAUAUCAACGAUAUACUCAAAGGGUGCAAUAGUAAAAGCUCCGAGGAAGAUUUGUUGCUGAUAAUCUUGAACGAAUUGCUACUAAAAACGGCAAUUACUCAUCAGUGUGGAACCCUACUUUAUGGCCAUAGCAUGACUCGUCUUGCCGACGAAGUUUUAGCAUUGACAAUCAAGGGUCGAGGAAGCACCAUCCACAGCUCUGUAUUGGACCACACAGAAGAAAUUUCGGGCCAAACUAUCAAUGUAAAGUAUCCACUUCGUGAUGUUCUAAUGGGCGAGAUUGAGGCAUAUUGUAAGUUGGCCAAACUAGAUUCCGUUGUCAUGAGUCUGACAAUCCCAGACCCAGUAAUUAACAAGAACAAGACCGUGAGAGGGCUUACCGCUCAGUACUUUCGUCAAUUGGAUGCUACGGGCUACUCUUCUACAGCAUCUACGGUUGUUCGCACGGCAGCCAAAUUGGCGGCUCCAACAGUGGGCACAAAAUCUGGCACCUGUAAAGUGUGUGGAGUUGAGAUUCGCCAAGACCCGCACCAAUGGCUCAGGAGGAUCACUGUUGCUGAAAAUGAAAAAGUGGAAAACAAUUCUGAAGAAUCUGGAGAAAUUGGGGCCGAUAAAAAAGAAGAUGUUGGUGAACAAAUUGACCUUUGUUACGGCUGUACCGUCACAAUUGGAGACGCACCUUCGUUCCGAUGGCCCUUGAGCGAUAAGGAUAUCAUUGCCGAAUACACUUUAGAUAGUGACGAAGACUAA